AUGACUGAAGCCACGAAAACAAGGAGAACCUCUGCUUUGACAUCAUCGAAUGCUACUUCAGGUAGCAACAACUCCAUCUCGCGUUCUCCCCCUAAGACUACUACUGCUGGCAAAACACAAGGAUCCAUGACAUCAAGAAAACCAUCCACAGCUAGUGCCACUCGUGCUACAUCACGCAUCACCACCACCACUACUACUGCUUCGUCAUCAAGGAUGCCAACAUCAACAGCAAGGACAUCAUCCACUAUCAAAAAGCCUGCUACCAGUAGCGCAUCACCUCCUUCAGCAACAUCAUCACGUCGUUUAUCAGCUGCUACUACUGGGACACCAACCACACGUAGGGCAUCUACUGCAUCAUCUCGUCGUGCAUCAUCGGCCACUUCUUCCGAGCAACAGCAAUCAAAGCUUUCCGAACUUAAGCAAGAAAUCGAAUCGUUGAAUGCCAAGAAUCGAGAAUCAGCCACCUUGCUUCAAGAGCGUCAAGCUGAAUUGGAAACCAAGGAAAAGGAGCUGGCUGAAAUCAAGUCAAAUCUUGAUCAAGUCAAGCAACAAUUGGAUGAACAUCAACAUACGUCUGCAGCUGAAAAGCAAGCAUUGGAGAAGAGGAUGAUCGAGGCCGAACAAGCGCUUAAAGAUGCACAAGGAACAACAGAAUCUUCCACAUCAUCAGCUGCAGCCUAUCAAGAGGAAAAGGAAAAUUUAAUGCGUGAGCAUCAGGAAGCUGUGGACAAACUGCAAAUGAGCAUGCAAGAGAUGCGUGAAAAUCUUCAAGGUGAGAAACAAGCCUUGCAGGAUCAAUUGGUUGCCAAGGAAACCGAACUUGCCAAGUUGAACCAAGAUUUGACCAAUCUCAAAAACAACAUCCAGGAACUCAAGGAUGAGCAAGAAACACGACAUACGCAAAUAAGCAGCCAGCUCAAAGAACAGCAUGCCAAUCAAUUGGAACAAUUACGACAGGACUACGAGAGCCAACUUGCUACAUUACAGCAACAACAACAGCAUCCUGGCAAGCUUGAGGAACAAAAAAUAGAUUUGGAAACAGAGCUGCAGAAUGCUGAUGAAUCCAUGUCCAACGUGAAAGAAGAGCAUCAAGUGACAUCGGAAUCUAUCCGCUCUAAAUCCGAACAACAAGUACAACAUCUCGAACAAGAGCACAGCCGCCAGCUCGAAACACUGAAGGCCACUCAUCAAACACAACUCGAUACCCUUAAACAAGAACAUGAUGAUAAGCUCAAAAGGAUGGAGGAAGAACACCAAAAAGCACUUGAUGCUCUACGAGCUGAUUUACCCGAUCUGGAAAAGGUCAAGGCUGAUGCAGAGGAACAAUGUCGACAGAAAUAUGAAAAUGAUAUAGCUCGAGAACGACAAGAUCAUGAGAGCCAAUUGAAUCGCUUGCAAGAAGUGAAUCGACUUGUGUUGGGUCAAGUGGCGACAUUGAAAUCCAAGGCUGGUGAAACCAAAAUGGAUAUGCAACAAUCCUAUCAACGGCAAUUGGAGGAGUAUCGUGCCAAGGAGAGAGAGACCAUUGAGGCUGAGUACGCAGUGAAGCUUCAAGAGCUUGAUGAUCGACACAAGGCCAUCUUGCAACAACAUGAGCAAGAGGCUGAGAAGCGUAUUGAAGAGCUUAAGAAGCAGUGGGCGGAUGAUCACGAUAAAGCUGUCAAAGCACUUGAGAAAUCCCAUGAAGAAGCACUCGCCAAAGCCAAGAGUGAUGCAGCCGUUGCCGUGUCACGUGAACCCGUUGUUCAAGAGCAAGCACACAAAUCCAAGGCUGACCUUAAUGCCCAAACCGCACAAUUGACAACAGACCAUGAAAAGAAGUUGAAUGACAUGCAACAAGAGCACAACAAACGCAUGGCAGAACUUGAAGAAAGGCUUGCAAAGCAAAAAGAAGAGCAUGAUCGUAUACUCGAGAAUCAUAAGCAAGAGCGUGAUCGCAUCGCCGCAGGACAACAAGAUGAUGUUGCAAAGAUCAAGGACCAAGUUGCUGCUUCGCUCAAGGAACAACAUGCGAAUGAUUUUGCACAGCUGCAAGCCAAACAUGAAUCCGAGAUCAAUGAAUUGAAGCGACAACUUGUUUUGCAGCACGAUCGAGAUGCUGAGAGGCGUGUGAACCAGCUAGAGAAUGAAAAGAAACAAGGUGAUCAGCCAACAGAGGCCACCAUUUCAAAAAGCGAACACGAAGCUGCUAUCAAGGAACUCUUGUCGAAACACAAUGCUGAAUUGGACGAGCUCAAAAAGGCCAAUGCUGCCAAACAAGAGCAUCAGAGAACGAUUGAAGAGUUGCAGGCUGAAAAAGUACAAACCCAAAACAAGAUCAAGCAAUAUGAAGAGCACAUCAAGCAAUUGAAGGAAGAGCACAAACAACGAAUGGCUGAAGUGGUUGAUUCCCAUGCCACCGUACUUGCAGGCUUUCAUGAAAAGAUCAGCGGCAACACCGAUAUCGGUUCCAUCACAAACGAGUUGUCCAAGCUUCAAAACAUGAUGGCGAGUCAAAUGAAUGGCAAAAAGCAGGGCAAGCAACCUGCAAACAGCAACAAUAAUGGGAAUGGCCAAGUGAUGGCUGAGGCACAAAAGCAGUUGGGUGCUCUUGAACAAAUCCUCGCACAAUUCAAUGACAAGACUGGACUCAAAGAACAUCGACCACAAGCUAGUGGCAACCUUGAAGGGGAUGUGAUGGGACUCGAAAUCACUAUGCGUCAAACCGAAAUGAAACGUGAACUCCAAAACUAA